AAAUAAUAAAUCUUUUAUAUAUUAUUUAAUCCAAAUGGCAGAGAAUGUAUAGAUACUUUCUAAAUAUUUUUAUAGUUUGAAUUAGCAGCAGAAGAAGUUAAAUCAUUCGUUGAUAAAUUGAAUGAUCAAACUAAAUUAUAGAUCUAUGGAUUAUACAAGUAAGCAACAGUUGGUGAUAUUAAUAUUCGUAAUAAUUUAUCUUAUCCCUCUUUAGCCAAACCAGGAAUGUUCGAUUAAAAGGGCAAAGCAAAAUGGGAAGCUUGGAAUGCCAAUACUGGAAAGUCCAAAGAAUAAGCCAAAGCUGAAUAUGUUUAAGUUGUUAAAGCCAAUGCCCCAGCUGACAUUGCAAAAAACUUAUGAGAGUGUGAAAAUGAUAAUAUCAUAAUCAAUUUUACAGAAAUAUAUUUAACUCUAAAAAACAAG